UAGGUGAGUUUCACUUUAAAAUCUGUAAAGUAGAUGUUGUGAGCCUGGUGAAAUAAGCGAAAAAGUGAACGACACAUUAAGUAUACCCAAUUGUGCUCAUUGUUGUUAUGAUUUCAAUUUAUUCAGAGAGGAUGGGGUCCUGCAGCCGUGUUGUAGAGGGAACGUGCCAGUGGAAUGUGAGGAGCAGGGAUGAUUGGGUUCAACGCAGCGGUGUAGGUUUAGAUGAGCAGGAAACAUUAUAUGACAUGGGAAUUGAAGCAGAGGAAUACUUUCGUGACUAUGCAAGUAAGGAUGAUGGUCGUAACGAAGGGUUCGAUUCGGAUGAAGGAGUGGGGCCAGAUGAUGUCCUUCGAAUGGAAUUUAACACUCCAGAUGAAGCCAAAUCCUUUUAUAAUAACUAUAGCCGAUUAAAGGGAUUUUCUACGAGGCAAGGGAGGAAGGUAACAAAUACUGCAGGGGAUAUUGUGCGAUACACAUUUGUGUGCAAUAGGCAAGGGUAUCGGGAGAAGAAAUGGCUACAGAUGGCUAAUCGAAAACGGGAGCACAAGAUUAUGACUCGUUGUGGUUGCCUUGCCGAGAUGAGGAUAAAGAGAAAAGAUGGGAGUGGCAAAUGGUACGUGUCUCGGUUUGUGGAUGAGCAUAAUCAUGAACUCGCAUCUGGCAAGUUCGUCGAUUACUUGAGGUCGCACAGGCGGCUAUCUGAAGUAGAGAUUGCACAAAUGACUAGCUUGAGGGAGGUUGGUAUCAGCAUUCCUAAAAUAUAUGAAUCCUUCGCGGCACAGCUUGGGGGUUUUAACCUUGUGACAUUCACAAAGCAAGACAUGUAUAAUGAGGUGAGGCGACAAAGAGAACUGCAAAAUGGAGAUGUAAGCGCUGCAAUUCGAUACUUGGAAGGUGUUUCCCGUGUAGACAACAGAAUAUUUUGGAGGUACAAGGUUGGGUCUGAAAACAAUCUUUGUGACCUAUUUUGGAGUGACGGGCGCAGUCAGUUCGACUAUGCAAUAUUCGGAGAUGUUCUAGCCUUCGAUGCUACUUAUGGCCGAAACAAGUACAAUUUGCCUGUUGUUGUGUUCUCGGGAGUUAACCACCACAACCAAACAUGUGUCUUCGGAUGUGCAAUGGUCUCGUGUGAAACACAAGAGUCCUACAUCUGGGUUUUGCGGCAGUUUUUGGAAUGCAUGGAAGGAAAGGCCCCUAAGGCAGUCAUCACAGAUGGAGAUACCUCGAUGCGAAAUGCUAUACGUCAUGUAUUUCCCGAAACCCAUCACAGGCUAUGUGCUUGGCAUUUGCUUCGUAAUGCGACUUCCAAUAUAUGUGACUCACGAUUCACCCAGCUAUUUAGACACUGCAUGCUUGCGGACAUGGAGGUUGAUGAGUUCGAGGCGCAAUGGGAGGCAAUGCUGGAUGAGUGUGGGGUUCGUGAAGUCGAAUGGGUGAAGGAUUUGUACCGCAAAAAAACUGCAUGGGCGACAGCAUACAUCAGAGGCCAAUUUUUUGCUGGAAUACGGACAACGUCCCGUUGUGAAUCUCUACAUGCCAAGCUGGGCAGGUUUGUGGAGAGUAGAUACGGGGUCCUUGAAUUUGUCACAAACUUCCAAAGAUGCAUUGAUUUCUUGCGAGACAAUGAGGACGAGCUUGAAUUUCGUUCAUGGUACGGAACUCCAGUCUUGCAAACUGAGUUUGUUGAGCUUGAGAAGGAUGGGUGGACAAAGUAUACUCGGGAGAUGUUUUGGCGAUUUCGUGAAGCUCUUAAAAGGUGCAUUCGAAUUCACAUAUGUGGAUGCAAUGAAAAUGCUGAUGGUGAAGUAUAUGUUGUUCAAAAAUAUCGCAGGCCGGAAAAGAAGUGGGAGGUUUUGAGGCAAAAUGUGGGUAACAAAUUCAGCUGCACCUGCCUGAGAAUGGAAUCAUUCGGACUGCCCUGUCUCCACAUACUAGCUGUGUUGGUGCGCUUGGAUUAUACUAUCAUUCCCAAUACGCUUGUGCUCCGCAGAUGGUCGAAGAUAGCAAAGUUGCACUAUGGCUUAAAUUGCACUAGAAAUGAAACACAGGAGCAAACAACAACGUAUAGGUCCCGGUUAGGAGCUUUUGCUCAGCUAUGCACACGACUUGGCCGGGUUGCAUGCAUGAGCGAUGAGGACUUUAAGUACUACUCACAUAAGGUACUAACUGACACUAUCUGCCUGGAAAUUAAGAAUGGCCUCAGGCCCCCGGAAGACGUAGGACUAACGGCGGAGGAACAACGAGUGAAGGACCCCAUCAGCGUGAGAACAAAGGGUACUGGUCGACUCAGCCAGGCAUCUGCAUCGACCGGGAAAAAACGACGCAAGUGUAGCAACUGUGGCCGACUCGGUCAUCGAAGGACCCGUUGUCCAAAUCGUGCAGGUCAGGAGGGUGGCCAACCGUGUGUGGGCGUGAAUAAGAGAGUUCGAGGUACCCAGGUGGUGCAGGAGGAUGCUCCUUCCAACAACCCGGAGGCUGUGUCACUUGGCGACCUUUGAUAUGCUCCGGAGUGGCACUUGCUCAUUUUAGUGGUACUAGUAUAUUAGGGGGAAUGUUGUCGCUUCUUGCGGCUACAGUUACCGGUGACUAUUUGUAGUUACUUUAUUAUAUAGCACUUGUUGUUGAAAAUCUUUAUAUAUGGGUAUUGCUCAUUUGCAUAUUACUAGUGCAAAUAGUUAAGUAUCUGUGAAUUCAGUGACAAACAUUUCAAAUCUGUGAAGUUGGCAUUUAUUUACUUAUAUUAUUUACAUUUUAUACUUAUCACUUGCGUGUUGUUAUGCUAGAAUGACUAAUAAUGUUUUUCUGAAAAAGGAUGCUGUGUCUUGCUUCUUCGUACAUGAUUGAUGGCAGAUUUACAUGACACUCAGCCAUCUCCAGUGGGGAAACUAUCCAUAAAUAAGACUGUUUGACAUUUAAAGAUUAAUAGUUUAAAUAUGAAUAUCAUUUAUGAUAUGAUACCAUGACAUUGUUUGAUCAUCGAUGUUGCACCUUCUCUACUUGUGGAACACCCCCCACCCCAUUUUCCUGUUUUCUUUCUCUCCCUCUCUCUCUCUGUGGCAAGCAUUCAAACUGUUUUCCUAUAUUUGGUUCUGCAAUGGUUUUUAAUUCCAACAGGAUGGAAUGAAGAAUAUUAUAACGUUGUUUACUCCUUUUACUAAUGUGCUGUUAUACUAGGACUCUCACACCCCAGGGGUUGGCUGACACUCUGUGUGGUUCACCACUAUACAUGGCUCCAGAAAUAAUUCAAAAUAAAAAAUAUGAUGCCACGGUGAUGAUAGUUAGAACCAAUAUUGGAUUCUACAUGCAAAUGCUUGUUACUCCUUUUUCUUUUUUAAGAAGAAUGAAAAAGUAAAAUUGUAUUGUAAUUGCAGGCUGAUUUAUGGAGUGUAGUGGCAAUAUUGUACCAACUAGUCACUGGGAAGCCACCAUUUGAUGGAAAUAGUCAACUGCGGGUUUUCGAAGAGGCUACUUCUGCUUCAAUUCAUUAAAACAAAACAUCAGAGUUCCUUGUGAUCCUAUUUUUUUCUCUGACAUUUUUUUAUUUUUUUUGCGUUGCAGCUUUUGCAAAACAUUUUGACAUCUACUGAGCCGCAGUUUCCGCAAGAAGCCUUUAUUGCUUUUGGAAUAUGCCUGAGAAUGAAAAUAGUUAUACCAAAUUCUGCCGCUCUUUCUGUUGUCUUUUCUAAAUAUAUAAUAAUUUUGGAUGUCCAGGUAUUGCAGUGCAAUGCAAAAUUGUAACUGGAAUCGUUUGCAGUUGAGUGAGUAGUCUUGGCUAUAUGGAAGAAAGCUAUAUAAGUUUGUGAAUCUUGGAUGAAUAAGGGUUUCUUGCUUGCAAGCACUUUGGCCAAUGAAGCCAGAACUUCGUAUGGAGUUGUGGGUUCAUCACAAAGCAUGGAAUGGAAAAUAUAUGACCUACUAUGGCGUUGUAGAGGGACCUUGAUAUUUGCUUAAUUACGUGUAUAUAAAUGUUUUUAAUUCUUUCAACGUGGAAAUUGUAAAUAGUCUUUAGCAUGGAGUUCUGAACCAACUACAUGUGCAAUGUAUUCAAUUAUUUCAUAUACAGCCUUCGUUGGAAUUACCAGUCUAAACUUUUUCUGA